AUGUUGCCAUUGUCAUUAAGUGUAUGUGUGUUUUAUUGUCUUUCUCUUUAAUGGUGGAAAUUUUGCCCCAAAUACUCAAUUUAAAAAAAAUGAUACAAUUACGUAAAUGUUGGCGAAAACUUUUCUUUAUCUUACUAUCGAUAUCAUUAAUAUUCAUUAUUUAUCAACUUUAUUAUUAUCGUUUAUUAGUUAAUGUUGCCAAUGUUUCAACAUUAAAAUCAUCAUCAUCAUCAAAAGCAAUUGUUUUGGUUCCAUCACAAUCAUUAUCAUUACAACAAUCAUCGUCUUCAUUGAAUCAAAAUUAUGAUAAUGUAAAUAUUAAUGAAAAACGGCAGCAAUACAAUACAAAAAUGAUUGAUGAUCAGAUUCGAUCACCAGAUGAUAAUAGUAAUGAUGGUAGUAAUAUACAUUUUCACGAUAUAAUAAUCGGUAUCGAUGAUCAUCAUAUGGAACAAUAUCGUCGUGCAUUUCAAUAUCGUCCUGGUUAUUUUCAUUGUCUAAAUGACCACGAGCCGAUAACAUUAAUUGAUGAAAAAUAUUUCAAUGAUGAUUAUUGUGAUUGUUCAGAUGGUAGUGAUGAACCAUCAACCAGUGCCUGUUCAUCAUUAUUAUUCUCAUCAUCAUCAUCAUCAAAAUCGAAUGUCAAUCAACCAUUAAUGUUUUAUUGUCAUUCAUCAUCAUCAUGUCCGAUAGUAGCCAUACCAUAUCAUCGUGUAAAUGAUGGAAUUUGUGAUUGUUGUGAUGGUUCGGAUGAACUAAAACAUUUGGACAUAUCAGCUAAUCAAUUUCAUCGACAAAUACGUUCAUAUACAAACACAACGAAUAACUUGAUCUGGUCAAAAUGUUAUCAAAAUCAAUAACAUUCCGGUUGUUAUUAUCACACAAAUCUAUAUAUUUUGUUUGUACAAAUAUUGUAAUGAUUUUCGAAAAAAAGAUGUGAUAAAAUUGUAUCUAAUCCAA